UGAGCAAAAUGGCGGCCCCCAUGAUGCGACGCUACCCUACUUGGCUUCGAGCUGGAAAAGUUAGCUUUGAGAAUGUCACCGUACUUAGAGAUUGGAAGAGAGCGGUAUCCGCCAGCGUGCUCUGCUGGAAUUCAAAGGGGAUUACAACGAAAGAGAACCGUGAUGUUUCCUGGGCAGCAGUUGUAGGCUUGGAAAUCCAUGCACAGAUCUCAUCCAACUCAAAGCUUUUUUCCUGUUCCCAAGUCCAGUUUGCAGCUCCACCUAAUUCUCUAGUUUCAUUCCUGGAUGCUUCUCUACCUGGCACUCUACCGGUUCUGAACAGACGAUGCGUAGAAGCAGCAGUGUCAACAGGCCUUGCACUGAACUGCACCAUAAACAAGAAGUCCUUGUUUGACAGAAAACACUAUUUCUAUGCAGAUCUGCCUGCUGGAUAUCAGAUCACUCAGCACAGGAUUCCCAUUGCGGUGAACGGCUGCUUGUCAUACUUCAUGCAAGCAGGUAAAAAUCAGAAUGAAAUAGUAACCAAGACUGUGAGGAUCAAGCAGAUCCAGCUGGAGCAAGACAGUGGAAAGAGCCUUCAUGAUGAUUUUAGAAACCAAACACUUAUUGAUCUCAACAGAGCAGGAAUCGGCCUCAUGGAGCUUGUCAUGGAGCCAGAUAUGUGUUGUGGGGAAGAGGCAGCGGCAGCGGUGAGAGAGCUUCAGCUUAUCCUGCGGGCUCUUGGGAGCAGCCAAGCAAACAUGGCAGAAGGCCAGCUGAGAGUAGAUGCCAAUGUAUCUGUACACCGUCCCGGCCAACUUUAUGGAGUAAGGACCGAAGUGAAGAAUAUUAACAGUGCUCGAUUUCUUGCAAAGGCGAUAGACUAUGAAAUACACAGACAGAUUGAAGAGCUGGAGAAUGGAGGAACCAUUCUGAAUGAAACUAGAGCCUUUGAUUUUAAGCUUGGAUGCACUGUAGCAAUGAGGGACAAAGAAGGAAAACAGGAUUAUCGGUUCAUGCCAGAGCCAAAUCUUCCUCCAUUGAUUCUUUAUGAUGCUAAAUCCUUGCCCACUCAUAUAAGUGGCCAGCAAGUGGUGAAUAUUGAUUGGAUUCGGGAGAGGCUUCCUGACCUCCCUAGUGCCAAGAGAGCAAAGCUUGUUGAACGUUAUGGGAUUCAGCCUCAACACAGUUUUACCUUAGAGAAUGAAGAUGGUCUAAUGGAUUUUUUUGAAAGCGUGGUGAAUGCAACAGAAAUGAAGCCCCAGAAAGUGAUUGGCUGGGUUAUAAAUAAUUUCCUCAGUUACCUAAAACUAUAUAACAUUACAGUAAAGGAAAGUCUAGUCACUCCUCUUCUUUUGGCUGAACUACUGGACCUGGUAGCAAGUAGAACGAUUUCAUCUUCAGCAGCCAAACAGGUGUUGGAAGAGAUGUGGAAGGGGGAAAAGAAGACUCCAGCUCUGAUUGUUAAAGAAAAGAAACUUAACCUACUCCAGGAUUGGAAUGAACUUGAGAGUAUCUGUUGGACUGUGAUGAGAGACCAUCAGAAAGAGGUGGCAGAGAUAAAGAAGGGAAACCACAAGGUCCUGAAUACCAUAAUUGGACAUGUCCAAAGAACAACAAGAGGGCGAUCGGAUCCUGUAACUGUGAAACAAAUUCUAGAGAAGCUACUAUCAUAGGAGCUUGGAAUAAAAAUUAUGUGUCUGAUCUACCAUUCUUAAUGUUCUCAAUAGCAUCAAGCCAUUGUACAAGUUCUAAUGCAGUGCUGAGACUGCUACAUCACUGUUUAGUCAUUUUCCAGGUUGUUUUUUUUUAAGGUCAUUAUCCUCUUAUGUUCCUAUUUAUUCAAAAUGUAAACUCCACAAGGAAGGAAAUAAAACUGCAGUGUGCAUGAGUUUUCUGAUUAAAAUCUCCUGCUUUUGUAAUAUUGUGGUAUGUAGUAAAAAGUGAGAAUUUUUUCAUAACUAGAUAAUGUUAACUAUAGUCUCUUAAUGUAGCUUCUUAUGAAUAAUCAAAACAGAAUAUUGUCCUAUUUAAAAAAUACUCAGGAGUCUGAGGCACCCACAAUUGCUUAGUUGUUUCUUGAAAAUUUGGUAUUUCUGUUACAUGAACUAGACAAUUCUGAAUUCUUUUUCAACUUGAUGCCAUCUGUUUUGGGAAAGAAAACAUAUUAAGCAAUGAGAGCCCAAGGAACCCAAGGAUAAACCUGGGCCACAGGGAAAAAACUUCCAGGGCCCCUGGCGAGCAGAACAGUAUGGCAUGGUGUGGCAAAUGGCAACAGUCUGGGCAGGAGCCACAGAGAGAGAGAAUUUGGAGCCAAACUCUGGACGUUGGGGUGUUUUGAUCCCACAUGCCCGGAGGGCCCGAAGAUCAGCUGGAUUGGCACCAGAGGACUGGUGGUGGCCUGAGCAGUGGCUGGAUGGGACUGGUGUCACAGGCCUGAGGCCAGGAUAUCGGCUGAUCAACUGGCGUCCAAACAGCAGCUGUGGCCUGAGGGGGCCGAAAGGACUAUUUGCACUGACCCGACUCAGGACAGUAGUCUCACACCAGACUUGGUUUUCUUGUCAGAGCAGUGGCAAUGUGAACUGAAAGGGGAAUUACAUCUGUCUCCCUUGUCAUGGUCAGAUCAUGUCCUGGUGGCCCUGAGAUUCUCCUAUGCUACCCUGCUCCACAGACCUAUUAAAUUUGUCCGCCCACGGUGACUGAUGGACCCAAUUGGGUUCCAAAGGAAGCUGGGGGUUAUAC